GGGGCGUCCGGGCACGUGACUCCGCCGCCAGUACGUGCCGAUGUCACGUGCUGCGCGGUGACGACACAGGCUCCGCCCAUUUUCCUUGACUCUGUGAGGGGCUGACUGGGCUCAAUGAACCUUUCAGGAGACAGAGGACAGCGAUGUUAGGAGAUGCCAUGUCGGCUAAUCCAGCAAUCUGAAGCAAAAUUUUUGCCCAUUUUGCUGUGGACACUCUGUCAAAUCCCGUUGAUGUCAGCCUUACCUGAAUCUAGAAUCUGCAUCGCUGGUCGGUGAGUAGAUGGGUGAACACCUCCAAGCGGGAAGCAGUCCGCUGAGGCACCAAGUCAAAUGGCAGAAGCAGCCUGAGCUCUGAGGCCUACUGGUGACUUAGACCAGCAGGCCCAGGAGAAAGGGAGAACCUUCCUUUACAAUAAUAAACGAAGGAAGCUAAACUUCAACAAGAAAAGCAUGUCAGAACAAGAAAAGAAAUUGUUUGAAGCUCUUUAUGGAACAGAACUUGGUAAAAAGCUUCGUGAUCUCUGUGAGUCCAGAAAUCCUGGUCUCUCUCAAGUUGAAAGAUUGAUCGAAGAUGGAGACUUGAAGAAUUUUGAUGCUGAUAUGUUUGGAGCUGCUUUAUGUCUUGCUGCAACUAAAGGUCAUGUAGGUGUUGCCAAGUUGCUUUUGAGUAAUGAAGCAAAUGUCAACUAUAAGAUGCCAGAUAAUGGUUGGACACCGCUCCUUAAUGCUGUACAAGCAGAGGAUGAAAACAUCAUUGACUUACUGUUGCAACAUGGGGCUGAUCCAGGGCUUAGGAAGAAAAAUGGAGCAACACCUUUCAUUGUUUCUGCAAUAACUGGUAAUGUAAAUCUCAUCGGAAAGUUUCUAACCCUGGGUGCAGACGUCAAUGAGACGGAUGACAACGGUUUUACUGCCUUUAUGGAAGCAGCACAGUACGGUAAUGAGGAGGCUCUACGCUUUCUCUUCCAAAAGAACGCUGAGGUGAAUAAGCACAGGGAAGUGUCUGAUGCCAAAAAGAAGGUGGGAAAAGGAGGAAAGACUGCCCUGAUGGAUGCUGUGGCAAAAGGUCAUGAGAGCAUUGUUGACAUCCUGUUGGAUGAAAUGCAUGCAGAUGUUAAUGCGCCUGACAACCUUGGCAAAACAGCGUUAAUCCAUGCCUUGGAGAAAGACAGCCAAGCAAUUGUGGAGACUCUGUUGAAACAUGGAGCUGAUGUUAACAUCAUAGACAAAAAUCGAAACACACCUCUAAGUACUGCAUUGACCAAAUCUACCUUGAGUAGCCCUGUGAUGCAACUGCUGAUGCAGCACACACACGAGCUAAAUGUUCGGGAUAUCAAUGGAAAAACGCCAUUGGUCCUUGCAGUAGAAAAGAAGAUUUCAAAGGUGGUUGAACUACUGCUAAAGGAUCAAGGAACUGAAAUCAAUGCACAAGAUAAUUCAGGGCGGACAGCCCUAAUAGCAGCUGUUGAAAGUAAAGAUAUUUCAUUGACAAAAAUGUUGUGUGAAAAAGGAGCUGAUGUCUCCUGUGCGGAUAAUAGUGGGAUUACACCAUUAAUGAUAGCCAGAAGGAACUAUGACAAUAAAACAGCAAAUGUGCUGAUUAAAUAUGAGGCAGGGAUGACAUCCAACAUCAGACCUCCUUCAAGAUGGAAGGAGCAUAGUGUGCGCUGGCAUGAAACUCUGGGGAAACUGCAGGUGGAACACCGUGCCCCCACUGGGAAACUAAAGCUAUCCAGAAAUCAGGAUUUUAAGAUUACGAAAGACAACAUAACGGAAGUCUACCUUGGUUUCUAUAACAAUGUGAUUGAAGUGGCAGUGAAAUGUCACAGGAACGGCAGUGAAGAAGCCAAAAAUGAAAUGGAUUGCCUCAGAGAUCCUACGAUCAAUGGUAGCAGCCUGUUUGUUAACCUCCUGCAUUGGGAAAGUGAUGAGUUUUGCGAUUACUUAUGCCUGAAUCUCUAUGAGUAUAAUCUCGAGGAAUGUGUGACCAUGUGGCCUAAGGAAAUUCGAGAGAAGGCUCCUAAAAUAAUGAAGCAGUUGGUUGACGCUGUUCAGGUUUUGCAUGGAGCUGGAUUUGCUCACCGGGAUUUACAUCCAACAAAUGUCCUCAGAGAUGUUAAAGAAAAUUUUCGCCUGGCAGACUUUGAUAGGAGUGUGAAUUGUAAGCAUCCAGCUGUGACCAUAUCCGGCAAAGCGACCUGGGAGGCUUCCGAAAUCCUUCAGAAACUGGAACUCUGGCCGACAGCAACCUUCGAAGCGGAUGAGCUUUUCAAAGCGGAUUUACAGGCUCUUGGACGGCUUUUGCAUUAUGUUAUGACCGGAGGGAAGGAUCCCUGUAGCAGUGAAAAUGAUCUGUGCGAGAAUAAUCUUUCUCUCAAUGAGGAUCUUUGCGAACCCAAGAAUGCCGAAGCCAGAGAUUUCAUCGAGCGCUUGUUGGCGCCAGCAGAGAAAAGAGCUACAUUAAGUGAGAUCAGACAACAUCCGCUGCUGUGGAAAGAUUUGGGAAAGAGCCAGUUUGUCCAAGGCCUUGCAAAUGAAAACGGUGUGGCAAAACGGGAUAAAUCCAGUCCGAUAGUCCUGAUUCUGAAUGAGGUUGGCAACAACCAGGAAAGAUCAUUUCACAAGUGGACAGAGAAGGUCCACCUUAAAAUCCUAAAUAAUAUGAAUAAGAGACAGCGCACAAAAUAUGAGGACAACACCAGUGACCUCCUGAAAUUCAUAAGAAACCUGACCCAGCAUUUUGAUGAAAAGGAAGAAUUACACAGUUUGAUUAAAAGUCCCGAAUCUUAUUUCUGUGAAUUAUUUCCUGAUCUCACCAUCGCUACCUACAAUGCUGUGAAGGACACCGAGUGGGUAAAGCACUUUCCAAAAGAAUAAAAGCUGCUCCUACCUUU